AUGCUGUCAUCAAUAGCUUCUGCUGCAGAAACUACCAAUCAAUAUCUACAAACUUCGCUAAAAGUACCAUCAGAAGCAACACGUGAAUAUUUCCCUGAUGAAACGUCGCAAUCAAAUUAUUUCACUACAACAACUGAACUUUUCUUUUCAACGCAGGCUACCGAUACUACUACUUUCUUAGAGACACAAAAUGACAUCAAAACAACCCCAUAUUCAAUCAUAUCACAGUCAACUCCAGAUCCUACUGCAGAGUCAACAUCUCAAGCAACGACCCCUUCGACGAAUUCGAUACCAACGACUUCAGCAGGAGUCGCCUAUAGCACUAUCGCACCAACGACCACUACAGAUGGAUUCACAACAGUUGUGGAUAACUCAUUAAAACCUGGAAAGUAUUUUAUUGAGUCUGAAGCUGGAAAAAUACUUUCAAGAAUAGUUUGGUACACAUCUCUUGGUGAAAAGAAUUGCGUUGGUCACAGUGAAGGAAAAAAAGAGGCAUAUGUUGUUGAAAAGGAUGCUGAUGGCUUCUAUAUUAUAAAAACUGAAAAUAACAGCAUCAUGAAAAAUCCUAUCGAGUAUUGGAAAAUAGUGGAAAUGUGGAGUAGUGGCAACAAUUACGUUAUCUUAGAAAAAAGUGAUCACACUAAAUGGAUGGUUGACGAAGUAGAAGAUAUGGACGGCUUCUUUUAUAUUCGAAAUUCAAAACCAGCAUACGGUGAAGAUGAUGUUGUUGCGAUUACCAACAACAGCCCGAUAGCCUUGAGAUUAUAUUCUUCAGUGGGAAGUGUUAACAGAGUAAAGUUCAUUCCAUAUUCAUAA